CAUACCUUACAUUUUUGAACUAUGGUUAUAGUGUGCUGAGUGUGUCGCGUGUCAGUUUGACGUAGAUGGUGCAAUUAUCUUCUUUCACGUAGAAAAGUGUUUUCAAGAAUAUUCUUUAAUUUUUGGACUGAUAAAGUAUCUUUAAUAAGAGUCGGAAGCCAGUUAAAAUGUAUAACUCAAUCGAAGAACCUGAUAUUCCUGCAGCUCUGGGAUUACUAUCUCAUCUUAACAAUGAAGAACUUAGGGAAUUGUUGAAUGAUGAUCGAAAAUUUGAAGAUAUCGUAAAAGAUGUUAAACAGUUCAAGGAAUUGGAGACGGAAAAAGAGAUGUUAAUGGCUAGCAACAGAUCAUUAGCAGAAUAUAAUUUGGCGAUGCAACCAGAGUUGGAGGAAGGUAAACAGGUUUUAAAAAAACUCAGUGAAAAAGGAAGUCAGUUGUGCUCCAGUGUACAGGAAAAAUUAAUUGAGAGAAAGGAAAAGUUGGGCUCAAUGACAGUUGACACUGCCUUAGAUUUACUUCAAGCAGCAGCAGCAGAAAUAGAAGAAGAAUCAGAAAAAUUAGCUGAGAAAUUUUUGGCUGGUGACAUGGAAGUUGAUGAGUUCCUAGAACAGUUUCUAACACCAAGGAAUCUAAUGCAUCUUCGAAAAGUAAAAGUUGAUAAAAUGAGAGAAUUGAUGAGAAGACCACCAACACAUGCUGCUCCUGGAUGUCCAGGGUAUCCGAGUGCAAGCAAUUUCCCUGGAAUGGGACCAUCUGUUCCAUACCCAAUGGGACCUGUAAGCAUGCCGAUGCCUGUGCCGCCACUAUACAGGCCAUAUUAAACAUCUGCAUUAUGACAGUGAUCAAAGGUAUGAAAAUAAAAAUAUAUCUAUGAAUACUUGAAAUAUUCUACAUACAACUAUGAUUAGCUCUAAUAAUUGUACAUUAUACUUUUCAAUACAAGUAUUGGAAAAGUUCUGGUUUGUCAUAGAAAAAUUAUAUAAAUUAAAAAUAUUUUGAUAUAGAUAAGAACAAAUCAAGCUCCGAAAAUUGUAUGAGUGAAAAAAUGUCAUUGUUAAAAUAAUAACGUUUGAAAGUCA